AUGGACGGUAGCGGAAAGGGCCCUUCGUCCGCGCCUGACGGCGGUGGUUCCUGGCCCGGCGGACCAAAUCGACCCCGCGACGGCCCUUACGGCGGCGGCGGCGUUGGCGGCGGCGGAGACAGUGGGUUUGGCACAGGCAGGGACAUCGGCGGACCUAACGCGGGGAUGGGAUCUGGAGGAGCGGGGGGGAUGGGAAUGAUGGGUAUGGGGGCCAUGGGCGGAAUGGGGAGUAUGGGGGGAGCGGGCGGAUCGGGCGGGAUGGGAGGUCCGGGUUAUGGGUUCGAUCCGAUGUACCCGCAAGGGUACGGCGGACCCAGCUCCGGAGGCGGAGGCGGGGAUUCGUCGCGCAAGUGGGGAAAGGGAGAGGGAUCGGCGGAAGGCGGCGCGCAGGUGGGAUCCGGAGGCAUGGGGGAAUGGACGGGCCUGGCGGAUGGGCAGGCGGAGGGGGAGGAAGAGGGGCAAUGCCAGGCGGCAUGGGCGGAGGGGGAGCGGGAGGCGGAGGGGGAGGUGGGGGCAGCGGAAUUGGGGCUGGUGCAGGGGGAGGCGCCGGGGCAGGUUCCGGCGGAGGCGGAGGGGGCGCUGGGAUGGGCGGAGGAGGGACAGAAGCGGGUGUUCCGCAAUGGCGUGUGCCCGUACGUGACCAACUGCAACUUCGCCCACACGCAGGAGGAGCUGCGCAGGCCCGUGCCCAGCUGGGGCGGCGAUGAUAUGGCUUCGCGGAAGGGCGCGGGGGAUGGCAGGGGGCCAGCACGGGGAGGUGACGGAGGAGGGGGAGGAGGGGGAGGAGGGGGAGGAGGGGGAGGAGGGGGAGGAGGGGGGGAGGAGGGGGUGGUGGUGCGGAAGGGACAGCAGCAGGCAGCACAAGCAUCAGAGGCACAAGGGCCUGCCAGCAAGGCAACGUCUGGUGCUGCUGGCGACGGUGCUGGUGGGGCUGGUGGCGCUGCCAAGGGAGGGGCGCCAGGGGAAGCAGCAGGCGGAGGAACCGGGACUGCAGGGGACGCUCCUUCUGCAUCAGCUGCUGCUGCUGAUGGCGCUGCUGGCAGUGCUGGUGGGGGAGGGGGGGCGGGAGGCGGAGGAGUCGGAGGGGGAGCGGGAGCGGGAGGGGGAGGGGGGAGUGUGGGCAUGGGGGCGACGGGCAAGCCUCCCAACUGGCGCACGCGCAUGUGCCACCGGUGGGAGAUGACUGGCACCUGCCCCUUCGGUGAUAAGUGCCACUUCGCCCACGGGGUUCAUGAGCUGCAGAGGUACGGGGGUGGCCCCAUCGACCCAUCCAUGCUACCUCCCCCCUACGCCGACCAGUUCCACCGCUUGGGACCCGGCAUGCCCCCCAUGGGCGCCAUGGGGGGGCCAAUGGGCGCACUGGGGGGAGGGAUUGGGGGAGGCGUCCUUCCUGACUUCCCCCCCUAUGGGCCUGGUGGUGGGCCUGCUGGUGGGCCGGGUUUCCCCGGUGCUGCUGGGAUGGGUGCGGGUGGGGUGGGAGCGGUGCCUUUUCUCCGGCCUCCUCCUCUGGGGUUUGGUCCUGGGGGUGGGCCGAUGGGGAGAGGAGGGGCCAUGCCUGGGCAAGUCUCGCAAAGCAUGGACGUCGACGCGGAUGGCGAGCAGCCAAGAAUAGCUCCCACGUAUACUCCUUGUCCGUUUAAUGGCGAGUCGCCGGGCCCUAGAUGCGGUCAUACGCUCACAGCCGUCGCUGCGGUGGGCGAGCCAGGGAGCGCCAACUACGUGGGUCCGAGGUUGAUUCUCUUCGGUGGAGCCACGGCUCUGGAAGGCGGAGCUGGCGCCUCUGCUGGCGGCGCUGCAGGCAUUCGUCUGGCGGGAGCAACUGCGGACGUUCACUGCUUCGACGUGAAAUCCAGAACAUGGAGCAAAAUGUCGCCAGUCGGCGAGCCUCCGUCUCCUCGGGCAGCUCACGCGGCGACGGCAGUGGGGACCAUGAUCGUCAUUCAGGGUGGCAUUGGGCCGGCGGGCCUGGCAACGGACGACCUGCACGUGCUCGACCUCACGCAAGCGCGCCCCAAAUGGCACAGAGUGGUGGUGCAGGGCGCGGGGCCAGGGCCUCGCUACGGCCACGUGAUGGCACUCGUGGGGCAGCGCUUCCUGCUCUCCAUCAGCGGCAACGACGGCAAGCGGCCGUUGGCGGACGUGUGGACGUUGGACACGGCAGCAAAGCCGUACGAGUGGAAGAAGCUGGAGCCCGAGGGCGAGGGGCCGCCGCCCUGCAUGUACGCCACUGCUAGCUCCAGGCACGACGGGCUGCUGCUGCUCUGUGGUGGUCGUGAUGGCAGCAGCGUGCCGCUGCCAGGCGCGUAUGGGUUGGCGCGGCACCGAGAUGGGCGGUGGGAGUGGGCCAUCGCCCCUGGCGUGUCUCCCUCCGCGCGCUACCAGCAUGCCGCUGUGUUUGUGAAUCUGCGCCUGCACGUGUCGGGUGGAGCCCUGGGGGGCGGGCGCAUGGUGGAGGACGCGUCCAGUGUGGCGGUGUUGGACACGGCAGCGGGGGUGUGGUGUGACCGCAAGGGCACGGUGGCAGUGGCGAGGACGGGGCGCUUCAGUGCGGACGCGCCUGGGGGCGACGCCAGCACCGAGCUCACCCGCCGCUGCCGCCACGCCGCUGCUGCCGUCGGCAACUCCAUCUUCAUCUAUGGCGGACUCCGAGGGGGCAUCCUGCUGGACGAUCUGCUGAUCGCUGACGACUCGCCACCGGAGCCACCGCCUCUGCCUGCCCCGUCUGCCAAGGCGGAGGGCGUGGGCAACCGCAGGCCGCCCGUGGCCCCUCGCAAGGGGGCGCGCGCGGACGCUGCUGCUGCGUCCCCCGCUGGCAGGGACGCUGAUGGCGGGGCAGCACAUGCUCGCGACCACCUCCCCAGUGAGGAGGGCGCGGAUGGGGUGUCCUUCAACGGCAGGGCGGGCGUGCCAGGGAGGGGCGGGGGGGCGGGGGGCAGCGACGAGGAGGAGGAGGAGGAGGAGGACGAGGAGGGCGAUGCGGAUGACAGCAGCAGCGACGGGCUGCACCCCAGCACGUCCAGCCUCACCAGUCACAGCGACGAUGGCAGGAGUGACACUCCCGACUUCAAGGGCGGUGUGCGCCUGCACCACCGCGCUGUGGUGGUAUCAGCGGAUCCAGGCGGCAACAACUUGGGGGGCUUGGUGAGGCAGCUGUCCAUAGAGCACUUUGAGAACGAGGGCCGCCGCAUCAGCUACAGCCCCGACGGCGUGCAGGCCCACCGCCGCCUGCUGGACCGGCAGAUGUCCAUCCAGGGCGUGCACAAGAAGGUGCUGCAAACGCUGUUGAAGCCUCGGGGGUGGAAGCCUUCGGUGAACCGGCAGUUCUUCCUGGACGUGCAUGGCGUCGUGGAGCUCUGUGACCUCGCUGAGACCCACUUCAAGAACGAACCCUCCGUGCUGCAGGUGCGAGCGCCGGUGAAGAUCUUUGGCGACCUGCACGGGCAGUUUGGUGACCUCAUGCGCCUCUUUGAUGAGUACGGCUCGCCCUCCACUGCCGGCGACAUCGCGUACAUAGACUACCUGUUUCUGGGCGACUACGUGGACAGGGGGCAGCACAGUCUGGAGACAAUCAUCCUGCUGCUCGCACUCAAGAUCGAGUACCCGCGCAACGUGCAUCUGAUUCGAGGCAACCACGAGGCGGCAGACAUCAAUGCACUCUUUGGCUUCCGAAUAGAGUGCAUCGAACGCAUGGGCGAGGAGGGUGGCAUAUGGGCGUGGCACCGCAUCAACCAGCUGUUCAACUGGCUGCCCUUAGCGGCCCUCAUAGAGCACAAGAUCCUGUGCAUGCACGGGGGCAUCGGACGCUCCAUCUCCCACAUCUCCCAGAUCGAGGAGCUCAAACGCCCCAUCACCAUGGAGGCGGGGUCAAUGGUUCUAAUGGACCUUCUCUGGUCGGAUCCCACGGAGAACGACAGCAUAGAGGGCCUGCAACCCAACGCCAGAGGACCUGGCCUCGUCACCUUCGGACCCGACCGUGUGAUGGAGUUCUGCCACACCAACGACCUGCAGCUCAUCAUUCGAGCACACGAGUGCGUGAUGGACGGCUUUGAGCGCUUCGCAGGGGGGCACCUCAUCACACUCUUCUCCGCCACCAACUACUGCGGCACGGCCAACAACGCAGGCGCCAUCCUGGUGCUGGGGAGGGAUUUAGUGGUCUUCCCCAAAAUGAUUCACCCCCUGCCGCCCACUGGCAACCCCGCCAACUCGUCUGAUGACCAGGAUGACACGUGGAUGCAG